GCGGAACGCCGCCCGGCGGCGGGUCGGGACCUGUGUCAGCAGCCCAGCGGGUACUCGGGCGGGACAUGGCGGGCUGUGUGGCCCGGCGGGCCCUGACCGUGGGCAGUCGCUGGUGGUCCCGGUCGCUGACCGGGGCCCGGGGGCCGAGGCCGCUCUGUGCGGCGGGUGGAGCUGGGACCUUCCCACCAGUGGCGACCACGACGACGCGGAGGCACCUCUCGUCCCGAAACCGACCAGAGGGCAAAGUUUUGGAGACAGUUGGUGUGUUUGAAGUGCCAAAACAGAACGGAAAAUAUGAGACUGGGCAGCUUUUCCUUCACAGUGUUUUUGGCUACCGAGGUGUUGUCCUGUUUCCCUGGCAGGCCAGACUGUAUGACCGGGAUGUGGCUUCUGUAGCUCCAGAAAAAGCAGAGAACCCUGCCGGCCACGGCUCGAAGGAGGUGAAAGGCAAAACUCACACUUACUAUCAGGUGCUGAUUGAUGCCCGAGACUGUCCACAUAUAUCUCAGAGAUCUCAGACAGAAGCUGUGACUUUCUUGGCUAACCAUGACGACAGCCGGGCCCUCUAUGCCAUCCCAGGCCUGGAUUAUGUCAGCCAUGAAGACAUCCUCCCCUACACCUCCACUGAUCAGGUUCCCAUCCAGCACGAGCUCUUUGAAAGAUUUCUUCUAUAUGACCAGACAAAAGCACCCCCUUUUGCGGCUCGGGAGACGCUACGGGCCUGGCAAGAGAAGAAUCACCCCUGGCUGGAGCUCUCCGAUGUCCACCGGGAAACAACCGAGAACAUCCGUGUCACCGUCAUCCCCUUCUACAUGGGCAUGAGGGAAGCCCAGAAUUCCCACGUCUACUGGUGGCGUUACUGCAUCCGCUUGGAGAACCUCGACAGUGACGUAGUACAGCUCCGGGAGCGACACUGGAGGAUAUUCAGUCUAUCCGGCACCUUGGAGACAGUGCGGGGCCGAGGGGUGGUGGGCAGGGAACCAGUGUUAUCCAAGGAGCAGCCCGCAUUCCAGUACAGCAGCCACGUCUCCCUGCAAGCUUCCAGUGGGCACAUGUGGGGCACAUUCCGCUUCGAGAGGCCUGAUGGUUCCCACUUUGAUGUCCGGAUCCCUCCCUUCUCCCUUGAAAGCAAUAAAGAUGAGAAGACACCACCUUCAGGCCUUCACUGGUAGGCCAGCUGAGGCCCUGAGCACCCAGGCUCAGACCCCAGAGAACAGCUCACAUCCCACAAUUGCUGCAGAACUCUGUCAUGGGCCACAGUGGGUCUCUUAAUUGUUUGCACCUUUUGAUUGUGGGGUUCUUAUUUUGGCGGGUGGAGUAUAACUGUUUUCUCCAGAAGACCCACGUAGGACUCCUCCAAGGGUGGCCUUCCCCGUAAGCCCUGCCUACGCUGUGUUCCAGUAAACCUUCCCAUCAGGAACUCUCUGUGUUCAGAUGCCAUACAGGCUAGGAAACAGGAGGAGUUUCCUAGCCUGUCACACAAGUUGUCUAGAAUGUGAGGUUUGGUCAAUAAACCAGUGCACGCUUGG